AUGAGCUACGGGAAGAAGGACGAGGAUGCCGAUACUGGUCUGGUCAAGAUUGACCGGACCCAGGUUUUCCAAGAAGCUCGACUGUUCAACAGCUCCCCCAUCCAACCGCGAAGAUGCCGCAUUCUCUUGACCAAGAUCGGCCUGCUCCUCUACACGGGCGAGAAGUUCCCUACCACGGAAGCAACCACUCUUUUUUUCGGCAUCUCGAAGCUCUUCCAGAACAAAGAUGCCAGUCUGCGCCAGAUGGUCCACCUCAUCAUCAAGGAGCUCGCCAGUUCCGCCGAGGACAUCAUCAUGGUCACGAGCACCAUCAUGAAGGAUACUGGAGGCAGUACGGAUGCCAUCUAUCGCCCAAAUGCCAUCAGAGCGCUCUGCCGCAUUAUUGAUGCUACCACUGUCCAGUCCAUCGAGCGAGUCCUCAAAACUGCCAUCGUCGACAAAAACCCCACCGUUUCCUCUGCCGCUCUCGUCUCGUCGUACCACCUCCUCCCCAUCGCCAGAGAAGUCGUCAAGAGAUGGCAAAGCGAGACCCAGGAGGCGGCUGCCAGCACCAAGUCGUCCGGUGGCUUCUCGCUCGGCUUCUCUUCGUCUUCAGCCAACCUUCCCGUGAACAACUCCACGAUGACCCAGUACCACGCUAUCGGUCUGUUGUACCAGAUGAGGAUGCACGACAGGAUGGCAUUGGUGAAGAUGGUGCAGCAGUUCGGUGCGGCCGGCGCUGUGAAGAACCCCGCCGCCAUCGUCAUGCUCGUCCGUCUUGCCGCCCAGCUGGCCGAGGAGGAUGCCCAGCUCAGGAGACCGAUGAUGCAGCUGCUGGAUGGCUGGCUCAGGCAUAAGAGCGAGAUGGUCAACUUCGAGGCGGCCAAGGCUAUCUGCGACAUGCGGGAUGUCACCGACGCCGAGGUUUCGCAGGCCGUCCACGUCCUCCAGCUCUUCCUCACCUCUCCUCGCGCUGUCACCAAGUUUGCGGCUCUUCGUAUUCUGCACAACAUCGCCUCGUUCAAGCCCAAUGUUGUCAACGUCUGCAACCCCGACAUUGAGCUCCUCAUCUCCAACAGCAACCGUUCCAUUGCUACUUUCGCCAUCACCACCCUGCUCAAGACCGGCAAUGAGGCUAGUGUGGAUCGUCUCAUGAAGCAAAUCUCCGGCUUCAUGUCUGAAAUCACGGAUGAGUUCAAGAUUACCAUCGUGGAGGCCAUCCGCACGCUUUGCCUCAAGUUCCCUAGCAAGCAGGCCGGCAUGCUCCAGUUCCUCAGCGGCGUCCUGCGCGAUGAGGGUGGCUAUGAAUUCAAGCGCGCCGUGGUGGAGAGCAUGUUUGACCUGAUCAAGUUUGUCCCCGAGUCAAAGGAGGAGGCUCUCGCCCAUCUGUGCGAAUUCAUCGAGGACUGCGAGUUUACCAAGCUUGCUGUUCGCAUCCUGCAUCUCCUUGGUGUGGAAGGUCCCAAGACCUCGCAGCCUACCAAGUACAUCCGGUACAUCUACAACCGUGUUGUGCUUGAAAACGCCCUUGUUCGCGCCGCCGCCGUCACCGCGUUGGCCAAGUUCGGUGUUGGCCAGAAGGACCCCGAGGUCAAGCGCAGUGUGGACGUUUUGCUCACCCGCUGCUUGGACGAUGUGGAUGAUGAGGUCCGUGAUCGUGCUGCGCUUAACCUCAGCCUGAUGCACGAGGAGGAUGAGUUGGCGACGAGGUUCGUCAAGAACGACAGCAUGUUCUCUCUUCCAUACUUUGAGCACCAGCUCGUCAUGUACGUCACAUCUGAUGACAAGUCUGUGUUUGACGACUCUUUCGACGUCUCCAAGAUCCCAAUUGUCACCCGGGAGCAGGCCGAUGCGGAGGACAGGACGAAGAAGCUCACGGCCACCACACCAUCGCUCAAGCCACCAAAGACCGGCCCCACCAAGGCUGCUCCCUCGGCGGCCGACGCCGCGGCUUCUGCCACAGCUACCGCGCAAAAGUAUGCCCGGGAGCUUUUGGCCAUCCCAGAGCUCAAGGAGUUUGGUGCCGUGCUCAAAUCCUCGCCUGUCGUGGAGCUCACGGAGGCCGAGACCGAGUACGUCGUCAGCGUGGUCAAGCACAUCUUCAAGGAGCACAUUGUGCUGCAGUAUGAGGUCAAGAACACGCUUCCCGACACCGUACUAGAAAAUGUCUCCGUUGUGGCUACUCCUUCGGACGAGGAAGAGCUGCAAGAGGUGUUUAUCAUUCAGGCUGAGAAACUGGCUACGGAUGAGCCAGGCAAGAUCUAUGUUGCGUUCCAGAAGGUGAACGGUGAAGGGGCUCUUCCCAUCGCCACCUUCAGCAACGUUCUCAAGUUCACCAGCAAGGAGAUUGAUCCCACUACUGGCGAGCCAGAGGAAACUGGGUAUGACGACGAGUACGAAGUUUCCGAGUUUGACUUAUCGGGUGCCGAUUAUGUGGUGCCGGCGUUUGCUAGCAACUUUGCGCACAUCUGGGAGCAGGUGGGCGCGCAAGGGGACGAGGCUGAGGAGACGCUGCAGCUGAGUGGGAUGAAGAGCAUAGCGGAUGCCACUGAACAACUAGCCAAGGCACUGUCACUCCAGCCUCUGGAGGGCACCGAUGUACCAGUCAACCAGACGACACACACGCUCAAGCUGCUGGGCAAGACGGUCGGCGGCGGCAGGGUGGUGGCCAACGUCAGGAUGGCCUACUCAUCCAAGACGGGCGUGACAACCAAGAUCACGGUGAGGAGUGAGGAGGAGGGUGUGGCGGCUCUUGUUAUUGGUUCUGUUGCUUAA